CCGGUCCUCCUCUCUCUGUGUCUCGUGCCCUUCAGCAUCACCAUCAGCUCUAACGCCUCAAAGCAGACAAAGCCUCGCACCCCCCUUGAGAUCUUUGGCGUCCCCCCGGGGGGCCCCGGACCCCAGGUUGGGAACCAAGGCUCUAGAGGAGUGAAGGAUCCAUCAUGGCGGUCCAGGUGUCAGAGUCGGACCAGAUCAAACAGUUCAAGGAGUUUCUGGGGACGUACAACAAGGUGACGGAGAACUGCUUCAUGGACUGUGUCAAAGACUUCACCAGCAGGGAGGUGAAGGCUGAGGAGUCCAGCUGCUCAGAGUCCUGCCUGCAGAAGUACCUGAAGAUGACUCAGAGGAUCUCCAUGAGGUUCCAGGAGUACCACAUCCAGCAGAACGAGGCUCUGGCUGCUAAGGCUGGUCUGCUGGGUCAGCCCCGCUGAUCUGGACCGGUCUGAUGUGGACUGAUCUGAUCUGGACCGGUCUGAUGUGGACUGAUCUGGUCUGAGACGGGUUUUGUCCCUGGUUCAAAGAGGAUCUGGACUCUGAGGGUCUGCUGGCUUUAGGCUGAGACUUUAACGCCCCGGUAGGCUUUAGUUAUCAGAUGUUUCCAGCCUUACAUGUUUGAAGGUCAUCUGAAGCUCCGCCUCCAGGUGGGAUGACAUCAUGCUCCUGAACCGGAGUCUGUCUCAAAGCAUCAUGGGAAACUGAGUCACAAAUGUUUGAUUUCUGUAAAUAAAGUUUAGAUUUUUACGUUUGGGCUUUAAAUAUUUGUAACCAGGAUGACUACGAAUAAAGUUUAAAUGAAGUUUAAAUAAA